AUGCCGGGGGCACCCACCCGCGGGGGGCUCGGCGGGACCCCGACACGGCUCGUGGGCGAUGCUCAGCGCCGCGCCGGGCCGGCUCGGCGGGCGUCGUGCCGCGCUCCGCGCCGGGGCUGUCGGCUCAUCCUCCGCUCCUGGCACGGGGAGAGAAAGGAGAGAGGCCCCGGGUUCCCUGCGCGCGGCGAGCGGCGCGGAACGGCGGCGCCUAAUUCAAGCCCGGCGGAUGAAUGGGGAGGAGGGAGCGGCGCGCAGGCGCAGCGCGCGCUCCGGGCGGAGGGGUGGGGGGGGAUUGCAUUGCUGCGCACCCCCCGCCGCAGCGCGCGGGGCCCCCCCCGCGCGCUGAUUGGCUGGCGCCGCGCCAGCGCGCUGUCAAUCACGCAGUGUAAACAAGGCGCUGAUUGGCCGGCGCCGCGGGCGGUUUCAAGGCGCCCCCCCGGGGGGGGACACGCGCGGCGGGGGCGGUUUCGAGGCCCCCCCCGCGCACACCCCGGAGCGCCCCGGGCCGGAGCGAGCGGGAUCAAAGAGCGGCGAGAGGGGAACGGGCCGCGGGCAGCGCCCGCCGCAGAUUACGGCGGGCGAUUCAUUACGCGGGACAUCAAUCGAGUUAGGAGGGAGCGACCGGGGGCUGCCGGGACCCUCCGGCACCGCACGGACAGAGCCGCGCACCGGGACACACGGACACGGCACGGGGACAGAUGGACAAGGACAGCCGGGAACAGGCGCUGCUGCAGCGGGACGUGCGGCUGCGGCACGGAGCCACGCUUGGGGACACGCCGGGGGACACACGGACACGCAAGGACACGGGGUGGCACCGCACACCCAACCUCCGCAUCCUCCUCCAGGGCUGCCGUGCGAAGGCCCGUGGGAUCCCUGUCCACGUGGGAAAGGCCGGGGAAGGGCCCUUAUGGAUUAUCCCAGCGCCAGUGGAAUCGCUGCCGAACAGGAGUGCGGUGCAGAUCCCGGUGUGCGGGUACACGGUGUGCAGCCACCGGUGGUCUGGGAGUGCUGGGAAAGAGUUUCCUGACUGAAAAAGAAAACCAAAAAAACCUCACCGAAAGCGGCUCUCAGGCUCUUCCUUCCCACAGUGACGCUGGCGGGAGUGGCAGUGGGAAGGGGCCGGGGGAACCCCUGGUGCUGGGUGGGAAGGGGUUGAGUCCAGGGCUUGUGGAGCACCAGGGCUGUGUCCCUGGGCACAGUGGGCAGAUCCCCAGAGGGUAAACAUCAAACCUGGGCAAGCCCCUGCUGUGGGUAACCCCCCUCCCUGGGCAGACUGCCCCUCAUGAGUUGGCGGCCCUGUGGGCAGGACCCCUCCCCAU